AAAAUCUUUCAGGUGACAGCAUGUUUUGGAAAUACUCCAGAAGGCUGCUCACUAAGCCUUCAGGGAGAGAUACAUAUUCAUCCUUGGAGUUUGCUCUGUCAGCCUGUAUUUUAAAAGCAGAUUGCACUGGAGUCACCUACUGGGGAAAGCGUUACAUACCAGUCACUGGUAAAGAACUGAUCUUCAGCAAAAACAGACAGGAUGCUGUGUACCUGAGGAGUGCUUGCAGCAAAGGACAUUAUGGUGCCUAUUGUCAAAAGAAAUGCCCCACCUGUCUCAAUCAUACCGUGUGUAAUAGACUCACAGGGCUGUGUGAUGGUACAGUGACAUGUCAAGAAAGGAAAAAAUUAGAACUCUGUGAAUACCGCCUUACAAGCAAGUUCUGUUUUGCCUCUUGGAAGUACUGGAAUGGAAAUUGUUACUAUGUUCCUCCCUAUGGGGUGCUGAAUAAGAGCGAAGCAGAGUUCAUGUGUAGUCGGUUCCAAGGGGCACAACUGAUCAAAUUAAACAACACUGAAGAACAGAGAUGGAUAGCUAAAGUCAUCGCUAGAAAAAGCUGGCUUGGCAGCCUGAGCUAUAAACUCCAGUCAAACUCCUGGAUCAUGCCUGAUGGAGAUAGAGCAGCCCCUCGUUGGGGUUUCAGAGCAGUUCAAGAUUUGUGUGUGCAGAUUGAACCUGUAUCUGGAACCUUAAUUUCCUUUGCCUGCUCUGAACGGGCUUCGUGGAUCUGCAAGGGAGCCCCAGAUAUGUACCUGUUGGACAAGCAGAGGAGUUGCUUCAUUCCUAUGGACCCCAAAUUGAAUUCAACAUACAUAUAUUUUAUACUAAUACAUUUUAUUGAAGUACUAAUUAAAUGUUACUUGUUAACCUGAAAACCAUGGGCGGAGACAUUAUGUAACCUUUGACCAUUGGCUACUGUGCUUAUCUUGUCUUGCCGCUAGACCUAUCCGGGGUUUGGGACUACUUACCCAGUCACUUUCCCCCACCCAUGGAGAAUCCAUAUAAUCCAUUGUAAUGAAUUCAUUGACAGUGUCUCUGAGCCUGAUAAGCAAGGUGACACUCUACCAGCGCGGUGCAUAAUAAACUCCUGUGCUUGACUUCUACACGGUGUGGAUUUAUGUUCCUUUUUCCACCUCCCUGAGAGGUGGUAGCUAGGUUGAUGGAAUAUUUUUUCCAUUGAUCUAGCUGUGUCUAUGCUGGGGGUUUUUCAGAUUAAUUAUGGCGCUUCAGUGAUUUAGCCAGGUUGAUCUAAAUUUUAAGGCUAGGCCAGGCCUUAAACUUUCCGAUCAUUUGAAACCCAAAAUGUAGUUGCAGUUCUGUUAAAAUCAAAGUACUAGCACGACAUUACCAAUAGUUUUAAAAUAAUCCUCUACAGCAGCAGCGUGAUCCUGAAUGUUCAGCCCCUACACAGGGCCUGCAGGAUUCAUUUCACUAAUCAUUCUAACAGCCACUUUUCAGAUGAAAUGUGCCACCGUUUAACAGCACGGAGCAACUGUUACGCAAGCAGUUAGGGCAGGAGUACUGUAUCCCACUGAAUCUGCACAGAUGGUUUGACAUGGGAUAGUUGCCUGAUUUGAGCAAGACACUGAAGUUGAUACCCCUUCCCAUUGCAAAAGAGUCAUGGGAUCUUUAAUGACCACUGGGGUCAAGACCUUAUUUUUGCUCUCUUUUCCCUCUGGACUCUAUUCCUUGUGUCCAGCGUUUCCUCCGUGGAGAAGGAAAGAGAUCAUGUGGCAUACAAUGUUGAUCUGUUUUUUAAAUAACUGAUCAAAAUAUAGGAGUAAGACAGAGACUAUUUUAAAGACAGUUUUCUGAAAUUUAUUUCGUUUGCAUCACUGCCUUGUCUCCACUAGGGGGCUCCAGAGAUCUCCAGAAUGGCUUCAACGUCGCUCCUUCUUCCUUUAAAUUAUUUGAAAUAAGGUUUUACACAUAGAAAGUUCCACAGAUCUUCUGAGGGAGUACUAGAUGGUAAUGCUAACUUCAGCACUAUGCGUCCCAGGCUGGUGAUGUAACUGCACGAGAGAACUUCGGGCAAACUUCACCAUGGGCGCAAACACCUCCAGCAAGCCACCGGUCUUCGAUGAAAAUGAAGAGGUGACCUUCGACCACUUUGAAAUUUUGCGAGCCAUUGGGAAAGGCAGCUUUGGAAAGGUCUGCAUUGUACAGAAGAAUGACACCAAGAAAAUGUACGCCAUGAAAUACAUGAACAAACAGAAGUGUGUGGAGCGUAAUGAAGUGAGAAAUGUGUUCAAAGAGCUGCAGAUUAUGCAGGGCCUGGAACACCCCUUCCUGGUUAAUUUGUGGUACUCAUUCCAAGACGAGGAGGACAUGUUCAUGGUGGUGGAUCUUCUUCUUGGAGGGGACCUGCGUUAUCAUCUACAGCAAAAUGUCCGAUUUCAGGAAGGCACUGUGAAACUCUUCAUCUGUGAACUGGCAUUGGCACUAGACUAUCUCCAGGGUAGACACAUCAUCCACAGGGACAUGAAGCCUGACAACAUCUUACUGGAUGAGCAUGGACAUGUGCACAUCACAGAUUUCAACAUUGCCACAAUACUGGCUAAAGGGAUGCAGGUUACCACUAUUGCUGGCACAAAGCCAUAUAUGGCACCUGAGAUGUUUAACUCAACAAAAUCUACUGGCUAUUCCUUUGCUGUUGACUGGUGGUCUUUAGGAAUUACUGCCUAUGAGCUGCUUAGAGGCCGGAGGCCCUAUCACAUUCGCUCCAACACAUCGACAAACGAAAUUGCUCACGUGUUCAGGACAGCUACUGUAAUGUAUCCUGCUGCUUGGUCUAAAGAAAUGAUGUCGCUACUCAAAAAGUUGCUUGAGCCAAAUCCCGAGGCACGGUUUUCUCAGUUGAAAGAUAUCCAGGACUUUCCGUAUCUCGCUGAUAUUAACUGGGAUGCAGUCCUACAGAAGAGGAUAAUGCCAGGAUUCAUUCCUACUAAAGGUAGACUGAAUUGUGACCCAACCUUCGAACUUGAAGAAAUGAUCCUGGAGUCCAAACCUCUUCAUAAGAAAAAGAAGCGCUUAGCUAAGAAGGAGAAAGACACCAACAAAAGCUAUUCUUCACAGGGCUGCCGUCUUCAGAAGCACCUGGAGUCACUGCAAAGGGACUUCAUUGUUUUCAACAGAGAAAAGAUGAGGAGACACCACAAUGAAAUCCAAGAGAAUAUAACACUGGCACAAACCAAAGACCCGGAAGAAGAAGACAACCAGAACAACAACCUUUGAGCUCACUUAGCCUCUGCCCUGGUGUGUUCCCCCAGGGUUCACUGCACACCUACACAUGUUCACGGAGCUUGGUGAAUAGAAUUACCCACUGAUAAAAGGACAAUGCACAUACCCCAGCACAGGGCGUCUAAGCCAGAAAUGUGUGCACCUUUCUUUUCCUCCUUCCACCUUAAGUCAGGUGGAUACAGGGGGCCAGGGAGAGGUCUUUAGUACUGCCCCUGCAAAUAGCCUGCCAAAAUAAACAAGAGUCAGAUCCUCCUCCUCUGCCGGAGAUGGUUACAGGAAUUUGAGCACAAGAAGAUGUGGUCUCUUUUUCAGAAGAGACCCUGAGUGCAGGAAGGAGGAGCUUAUCCUUGUGGGGCAGGAUGCCUGCUGGCACAACAUUUAGGUAUUGAGUGCCUAGUGUAAAUCUGGGCGAGGGAUCAGUUGAUUGCCAGUGGGAAGCAACAGAAGGGUAUUUAAUGCAUAAUUAGGUCUGUCACAUAGACUCAAUAUUAGAGAUGAGCCGGCAGCAGAAUCACAGACCCAAACUCUUUGGAAGUUUGGAUUUUCACAUGAGCCUCAUAGCUUAGACUCAUCUCUAAUUGUUAGAGGCAGAAGGGGCUGCUCUCAACUGCCGGGCUUGUAUUUAAUCUGCAGCAUACAGAAGACAGGACCUUUGCUUCCAGCAGGGUCUCUUUCUAAUAUUUCUUUAGUCUGUGGUAGGGAAAUGAUCUAGUUCCUCAAUAUGGGGAAAAGGCAAUAAUGGUUUCUUAUGUUUCUGUUUUCUGUCUCUGAUGAAAUUCCCUAGCUUCCCUGACUUUAUACUAUUGGGCAGAGCUGGCUCAGCAAUGGCUAAGAACAUAUGAACAAUGGGGACUGGGACGGAGCCUACUAAUUUGGGUCAGAAAAGGAAGAGGUAGCAGUUCUCUAUUGCUGGAUAACACGCUAGGGUGGAUGCUUCACUAGCAGAUAAAGUUCACCACUGGCAUAAGCAGAUGCAACUCCAUUGAAUCCAAUGGGAUUGUGGCCCCCUUUGGUCCCCUUACACCAGAGGUAAAUUUGGUUAUGCAUCUUUAAGUGUGAUAGAACAUCAACUUUGUAGUCUCAAUUUCCCUUUCGCUAAGGUGUUAGACGUGAACAUUAUGGACCAAAUUCAACCCUGGUCUAAGCAGCCACAAUACCCAAUGGUAACUGCACCAUUUUACACCAAGGCUGAAAUUGGCCAAAGCACCUGGUUUAUAGUCAUGCUGUGAUUGACACUAUCUUUUUAAAGCAUUAGGGCCCUGAGUUCUCACCUUCUUGUUUUGCUUGUCUUACUCUCACUGUGUGUUAACUGUCUCCAUCUGCCCAAAGCCGUUCUUUGUAUCCCCCUGCGACUUCCUUUCUCUCCCUGUCUGAAUCUGGUCAAGUAGAGGUCUGAAUAAAAACAAGAUAUGAGACUUCUUCCCAGACAAUCAAAAGCCAGUGUAGUUUCUGAGGUCACUUGCAUUGCAAGCCAAAGUGUGAGUUUCCACUGUUCUGAGCCAACUGGAAAUCUCCUUGACUUUUAUUUUAAAUGUGCUUUUCCCCUUCGCGAAGCUGUUUUAAAAAUCCUUCGGAGAACAGCAUCUGCACACUGCAACCUGGAAGGAGGCUUUGGUUCCAUUCUCUGAUGCAUUCAGAAAACUUAAGAAAAGAGCCAUCCUUGCUUUACAUAUUUAGACCACCUCGGGCAGGAUGGAUGCCUUCUCACAGAUGCAAAUGAUUUAUUAGUAUUAUGAGUAAGCCAUAUUCUCUUGAUUAAACAGUGGCUGUGUGGUUUGGUUUUGGAGGAUGUAGUUUAUCCUUACACAUUAGCAAGCAGCUGCCUCAAGGAGUGCUCAGAAUGGCCUGUCUCCAGACCCUGUGAGCAUGCUUGAGGCUGAGUUGAGGUAGCUGUCAUCAGAGUGAGCAAAUAGAAAAUAAAGCCCUUGUCUCAGUC